AUGGCUCAUGUGCGGAUCGAGGUAACUCUUCACCAUGAGAAUACCAAUCGUAGUAAUCAGGGGAACUUGGGCUGGGACUACAUGCAGAAGACAAACUACAUGGCAGCAGAAGUGGUUUAUAGAAAGGCCCAAAUGAUUGACCCGGAUGCAAAUAAGGCCUGCAACUUGGGCAUGUGUCUUAUAAAGCAAGCUCCUCCUUUGUUGUCCAACAUCGUGAGCCUACAUUUGGAGGAUGAGUUUAUUCAUGGGCUUGAGGAUCUUGAGUCCAAAUGGGGUCCAUUAAAGCCUAGAAGACUUCCAAUUUUUGAGGAAAUUUCCAACUUUAAAGAUCAAUUAGCUUGCUAA